AGUAGGACGCUUAUUGUAUAUUGUAUACUGAUGCAGAGCUGAACUUGAUCGGCUGUUGCUCGCUUACACGCGAUUUCCCUGACUGACUCUAGUUUUUAGCAGGAUUUGCAUGCUCAGGAAACGGGCGACAAUUAUAUAAGAGGAAUAACGUGUGACAUCACAGCUCAUAAUGCAGCUUCCAGGCCAGGGAGCGUCCUAGCGACCUGCGACAGCCAGCUCCGAGCGACACACUGGGCUGAGCCAGGACGUGUCGAAAAGCCUAAAGCAGCAGCUGUUGAAUUUCGGACCAGCUUCGCCACUACAGGCGAUCGUUUGUAUUCCCACCCCAGGAUUCGACAAAACAUCUCCCGCCAGCCUGCGCCAGCCGACGUAGAUGCCCAGCACACCUGUAGCAGCCGCGCUACGGGCGCUCCUGUGCGCUUCGCUCUUAGGCUCGCUUCAUAUAGCACGUGCUCAGGAGAGCGCCUCGGUGGGGCCUGACUACUAUAGCAGGCUGGUGACGGCGCCGGCCAAGGUGUACGGCGAGGUCAAGAAGGUCGGAGUGCUGCCCAAGGAGCGCUAUGAUGACAAGCUAUUUAACCACACAGCCUUCAGGGAAUGGCUGUUGCGAGAGACGGUGCUGGGCGAGGACGUGAGCUCACAGCCGCCGCCCAUGUCGUACAAGUGCGGCGUAUUCGUGAACCACAACUACAAGAUUAUCUUCAUCCGCAACCGCAAGGCAGCGUCUACCACGGUGCUGGACACGUUCAAGGUGGCGUGCAAGUCGCAGUCCAAGCUGCUCUGCAUGCGGCCGUUCGACGCCGCGGAGAUGGCGUCGCGCGGUGUGAGCCAUGACGAGAUGUGGAGCAGUUACUAUGUUAUCUCCUCCACCCGUAACACCUGGGCGCGGGCGGCGAGUGGGUAUGACUACACGCAGGACAGAUGGCCCAUCAAGACGGGCGUGUGCGGCGGCCUGCCGUUCCGCCAGUUCUGCACUGACCCCUACUUGAUGGGGAAGAUGGCAAACUUGUUCCGAUGCGGCACACAGAGCUCGUUCCGCGGCGACGACGCCUGGGCCUACGACUUCUACCACAUUGAGCCCGCGUACCAUUGCAUGACGGACGCGGCCGGGACCGGCAUGUCCGUGGACUACCUGAUCAGGUACGAGCACCUGCACGAGGACUUUGCCAAGCUGCUAGAAAUCCUCAACGCCAGGCGUCAAGCCAUGGACCCCAAUCUGCCAGAGAUCCGGAACAACAAGAUACGCUGGAUGAAGCAGGGCGUGCACGUGCAGGCGGCAAAGAGCAACGCUAGUGAGGACGGCGAGACCGGCAUGUGGAAGGAGGAUGCGGCAGCGCUGGUGUCCGCAGAUCGACACGCAGUGAAGUACCGCGCGUGCGGCAUGGACUGUGUGCGCGAUAUAGGGCGCUUCUUCGCGAAAGAUUUGGAGGUCAUGAAGCUCGAGGUGCCACACCAGUAACCAUGGUUACCGUUAAAACGUUGCACGUGGCACGUGGCACGUGCGGCGCUUUGGUAUUCACGUCCGAGGCGGUCAUAAGAGGAGCAUGGUUGUUGUGUUUAUGACUUUUGUGAGUGCAUGUGGAAGCUGGCUAGGCGCAGGUAAGGAUGGUAGCCUUUGGAGGAGGUUACAGGGCCCAGACAGGAGUAACGGCAUGCUGAUUCAUCCGUACGGUCCCGGCAUCAUCGGAUGCGGCAGGGCCUGCAGGCCUCAUUUAGGGAACCCCACCCAAGGUCCCAGAGAUGAAUCAGCCAGCGGUACCAGAGAUGAGAGCCAUGCGGCGGCCGCCGGUGUCAUGUUAGCGAAGUGCUAGCAGUGAAUGCGAAUGCGCUGGGGGUCACUUUGUACCAUUUGUAGAAACAUGCCGUCAAACGUUGACCGCACGUACCAACGCAUUCCCUGGUAGGAAGAGCGCCUUGAACAGUGUUCAAAUGA